CUCAGAUUGAAAAGACGAGCUAAUGCUUUAUAUGCAUGAUUGAAAAUAGCUAAUUUCUCUGAAGGAUGUGAUAAUAUCAGUCGACAGGGGAAGCUAAACAGAAAACGGAAAUGUAAUGUCCCUAUUAACAUCUGACGAGAGGAAAUAAAGAAUAAAUAUGGAAGAGGAGAACGCUGAAAAUAAGGACUGCAAUAACGGACAAAAGCAAUACAAACAGGAAUCCGUAGAAAAAGUCAUUGAAGAAACAGUGACCAGCGGGCUACACGCAAUGGUGCUAGCUUUAGGAUACAAAGUGGGCAUUAUUGAUGCUUUUGAAAGAUUAAACAAACCAUCUACAGCUGUUGAGAUCAGUGAAGAAGCAGGAUUAAAUCUUAGAUAUGUACAAGAAUGGCUAUCUUGUAUGACGGCGAAAGGCAUUAUACAACUGGAAAACAAGAAAUUUUGUCUACCUUGUUCUGAACGAGUUCAAAAAGCUGUUCUAACAUCUGCUGUGCUACCUAUGUUCUGUGACUGUCUCCCUAAACUGGAGUCUGUAAUGCGAGUCAAAGACAAAAAUACUGGGUAUCCUUUUCCCCAGAAGGAUUUGGAAUGGAUAGGAAAAUUUAACGAAAUAAAUUCAUUUGACCAGCAAUGGAUUGAAAAUAAUUUAGGAACAGUUAUCGAAAAUCACUACAAAGACACCCAAGAAGUCAUUAGCGAAAUUCUUGAUUUUGGUUGUGGUUAUGGAAAACUUUGUCAACAGCUAGCACAGGUCUAUCAAGAGGUCAAUAUCACGGGUACAGACAUUGACGAAGAAUCUGUGCAACACUGUAGGAAAGUAUACAGCUAUCCAAACCUUUUUUUCACAAGCUCGAGAGAUGGAUCUUUGAAGCAGAAGACGUUUGAUAUUGUAAUAUUACACGAUGUUCUCCAUGAUCUUCCGGAUCCAGAAAAAGUUUUGUAUGAGUUAAGAACAAUCCUAAGACCUAAUGGAUACAUCGUGACCUUUGAUCCUGAUAUAUCGUCUGACGUUUCUAAAAACGUCGGAAACGAGGCUGCACAGUCACAUCUGCCAUAUAGUGUCUUCUUUUGUUUACCCAACAGUAUGUCUGAAAGUCCAGCGAUUGGACAUGGGGCCGGAUGGGGAGUUGAGGACCGCAAGAAAUUUAUAAGAGAGAAAGGAUUUACCAUAGUAAAUGUUGACGAAACAAAUGUUGAAUCCAAUUAUUCAAGAAUUGUGUUUAAAUAAAAAACAUAAUAAUAUGCAAAUGAUGAAAUAAAAAUAAAAAAAAGUUCUU